UCCCCUAGAACUGGAGUUACAGACAGCUGUUAGCCACCAUGUGGGUGCUAGGAAUUGAACCCAGGUCCCCUGGAAGAACACCCAGUGAUCUUAACCACUAAGCCAUCUUUCUAACCCAAAUAGAUUCCAUCUUUAAUGCGUCUUUCUUUGUGUUCCCCAGUCCUGGUACUUCCUGCUUACAAGAUACAUUUGUCAGCUCUAGGAUUGGAGGUUGUAGGUAUGGGAACUUUAUUUUCCAGCUUCUUGCACCUCCCAAAGAUGCUCUGCUGAGAACAUGCUACCGUGAAGACAUAGUCACAGUUUUCACAUGAGCAAAGCUGGCACUGUUAUUAUUUAGUACCCCAAAGGAGUACCGUCAGUGAACAUUAAAGGACAAUACUGAGGCUAAGAGGAUGUAGAAACCUGAACUUGAAGCCUGAGCCACUGCCUAAAGGUAUGGUGAGGCCAGCAGAUGAAGAAACAAUUGCCAUUGAAAAGACAGCUUAUUACUCAGAGUUCUCAAAAAGAAUGUGGGAUGCUGUACCACAAAGAGCCACAUAACAACGGCAAGCUAUUAACUAACAGGAGAAAAUGAAACUGAAGAUGAAGGCAGCAUGGAACAGUGCCGCUCAGUAGGGGUCAGCUGUAGUGAUGAAGAGUCCAAAGGAGAAACUCGGGAAUCUGAGCGUCUAACCUGUAUGGACUCUGGGGAUUCUUCCUUUGGACAAAAUGACUCCCCUACCAUUCUGCCCAUUACUGCUCCUGAAACAGACGAUUCGCUCACAUCACAGGACAUGCCAGAGACUCUGACUGACACACAGACCCUUCAUGCAGAGCAGUUUCACCUGUUGGACCCAAAUGGGCAGCCUGUUCAAUAUGACCUGCAGUCAUUGGAAGAGUCUAGUGCACAAAUGACAGGAAUGGCGCAAGUGAUUAUAUCUCAGGAGCCGCUUGUGGAUGUGACUAGUCCUCACGAUGCCUCUGAAGAGAAACCCACUGACAGAGGCUCACCACCUGUAAGAGCAGAUACCUUAGAAGUCAGUGCCAAUUACAUUCUUCGUUCACAAGCAUCCCCUGUGAUACCCAAAAAGCCAGGGACCAGAAUGCUUGAAGAACCUUUGCUGGCUCCUCUUCAGCCACUUUCUUCUAACACACCUAUUUGGGCCUGCCGACUUAGGAGUUGUGAGAAAAUUGGAGAUUCCUACCGUGGCUACUGUGUUAGUGAGACUGAAUUAGAAAGCAUCCUAACUUUUCACAAGCAGCAAACACAGAGUGUCUGGGGCACUCGACAGUCUCCAAGCCCAGCCAAACCUGCCACGCGCUUGAUGUGGAAGUCCCAGUAUGUCCCAUACGACGGAAUCCCAUUUGUCAAUGCAGGUACUUCUCAUCAGUUACUUAGAGGCUCCCCAGCAGCUGUGCUCUAUUGUGAGAGGAUACAUUUCAUUUUGGUAGGUAGUCGAGCUGUGGUAAUGGAGUGUCAGUAUGGACCAAGGAGAAAAGGUUUCCAGUUAAAAAGAAUCAAUGAGCAAGAAAGUAGGUCCUGUCAUCUCUACAAAGCUACUUGUCCAGCCAGGAUUUACAUUAAAAAGGUACAGAAGUUCCCUGAAUACAGAGUACCUACAGACCCCCAAAUUGACAGGAAGGUCAUCAGAAUGGAGCAGGAGAAAGCCUUUACCAUGCUAAAGAAGAACUUGGUAGAUGCUGGUGGAGUUCUUAGAUGGUAUGUGCAGUUACCUACACAGCAAGCUCAUCAGUAUCAUGAAUUAGAGACUCGUGGCCUCCCUCUGUCACCAUCUCCUUUUCGUAUGUCUUCUCUUGAAGAAGAGGAAACUGUAGUCAGAGAUGAGAAUUGUGCGUUGCCUUCACGCCUCCACCCGCAAGUAGCGCAUAAGAUUCAGGAAUUAGUGUCACAGGGAGUAGGACAAGUGUAUGCAGUAAGGAAGCAGCUAAGGAAAUUUGUGGAAAGAGAACUGUUCAAACCUGAUGAGGUACCCGAAAGACAUAAUUUAUCCUUUUUUCCAACUGUAAAUGAUAUAAAAAAUCAUAUCCAUGAGGUACAGAAAUCCUUGAGGACUGGAGAAGAGGCCUAUAACUCAGAGACUAUUCCAGCAACGCUUCAGUGGACUACAGAUAGUGGUAAUAUUCUCAGAGAGACUGUAACAGUUACAUUUGCAGAAGGAAAUUCACUAGGAGAACCAGUUACCAGCAAAGUGGGAACGAGUCGGACACAGACUUCUUUGUCUCCAGAGCCAUUUCACUUGGUCUCCCCACUUUCUUCAUUUCAGCCCAAAAUCUUCUCACACUUACAGGGUCUGAAGUUACAGCCAAGCCUCUCCCCUCUUGAUGGAUCCCAAGCUCUGGUAUCAGAAAGCAGCCAUCUAUCCUCCAGUCCUUCAAGACUUGUGGAUACAGCAGGAAAUACUGUAGUGAAUAGUCAUUCUCUACCGCAUGCUCAGAGUCACAGCCUUCCAGCAGAUCCAUGCCCAACACAGAACAACAGUGCUGCUGUCAUUGGGAGUCUCCCAGAGUCAGUUCAGAAUCUGGUUGUAAUGGAUCAGCUGGUGGAAGUUGAAGAUGUUGAGGAUGCAGGGAAUCUGGAAGGAAGUGUAAACAGAAUUCUGUUGGGAGAUGUGCAAACCAUUCCAAUACGAAUCAUAGACAGUCAUCCAACUCUUAUUGAAGAAAAUCUAGAAGAUACUCUGUCUGUGAACCAAGUUAAACAAGAACCCAAAGAGCCAACACUGUCUAUAGGAGCAAAAACUUUUCUGGACUGUAAAAAAGUAUCUGCUACACAAAAAUUUUAAAGCUUUUCAGAAUUCACAGCUCUGGUCCCUUCUGAUGUCUUAGAAGGUGAAGAUUGCCAGGGUGUGGCAUGUCAGUCACUGGACUGGAACUGAGCGAUGAGCAGCUUUGACUUAAAAACUUGAAUAUUUGUUGUCAAUUCCAUAUUUGUAUUUUCCUUAAGAAAUAUUUUACUUUAUUUUGUAUUCCUAUUUUUUAUUAUUCAGUAACACAAAUGUUUCAAAAGAUCAUCUGAACUUCACAGUAAUUUAGUGUGAACACAAAUACCCAAUGUAGGUUCUUACAAGACAAAAAAAGGCCAGCAAUAAGCUAGGCAGUGGUGGCUCACAACUUUAAUCCUAGCACUCAGGAGGCAGUGGCAGAUGGAUCUCUGUGAGUUUGAGGCCAGCCUGGUCUACAAGAGCGAGUUCCAGGACAGCAGAGCUACACAGAGAAACCCUGUCUCAAAACCCUCCCUUCCCCCCAAAGAGGCCAACAAUAAAAGCAGUGUGUGAGUGCAUGUGUAGGUGUGUCAGAAAAUUUAGAAUUGUGAGGAGAGUUUUGAUUAGUCUACAGGUGAGAGAAUAUUUGUCAUCUGUUGUAUUUGAAAGAUAGAGCAAUAGAUUUAUAUGGUAACACUGAGCCUCCAAUCACAUCCCCAUAGAUUUACAUGGUAGCACAGAUCUGCCAGUCACAUCCCUAGACACUGCAUGUGCAGUUUAUUCUCGAGGCUUUAUAUCUAUAACUAAAUGAAUGGAACUAAUGGUCAUCUGUAAGAAAUUUCAAUGACUUGGAAAGUAUUGAAAAGUUUAAAUUGAAUUAAUCAGAUAAAUAACACAAAUAAAUGUAUUUUAUAUGGGAUUAGAGAUAAAUCCCAGUUUAGGAAUAGAAAGAAGGCAAAUUCAGAGAAUGGGGGAAAAUGUUCUAAUUCCCCACUAUUUACAGAUCAUUUGGGGGAACUUGGUGGUAGCAAAAUUUUUGUUUUUUUUAUAAAGAUUCAGUUUUUGCCUAGAAAAUAAUUUAAAUAACAUUUAAAUUUUUUCUAUACUAGAGGUUUUCUUAUUAAAUUGUCAGUAUUGCAAUUUAUGUAUUUCAAGAUAUAUAUAUAUAUAUAUAGAUAUAUAUAUAUAUACUUUAAAAUUUAGUUCAUAUUUAAAACUUGAAAAUGUCUGAUCUGAUAUUUGGCUCAUUAAAUAAGUAUAUUUAUACCUAGUCCCAAAUAACUAGUAAUCAGUAUGUUCAUUAUAAGCUUUUUUAAAAAAUAAAAGUUUGAAUAGAAAUUUCAAAUAUAACUGUUAUGACAUUAACUUAGCUAAGUGUAGUAGUGCUCACUUGUAAUUCCAGUACUCAGGAGGUGGUGACAUUGGAUUGUAAAUUCAAGUCUAGCCUGGGCUACAUAGCAAGACCCUACUAAAAAAGAAAGAAGGAAUCACCUAGAAAAUUUUUUUCUCGACGCUCAUUUAUGAGUGUAUUUAAAUUUAAUUUUUUAAAAAAAUAAGAAUUUCAAGUGGAUAUUAAGGUUUAAUAUUAAAGCAUGAAUAAUAUAAUGUGAAAUUUGACCUCAGUACUUCACAUGGCUAUCAAUUGCUUUUGACUUUUCUAAGUCCAGUCUCCCAUUUUUACUCACUUUGUUUUAGGCCCAUGAUUUGUAUCUAAGUAUAAAACACUGUUGUUUUAGAAAUAGGUGAAACUCUAAAACUCAUCAUUUCUACAUCUAUAUCCUAGUCAAUGUAAAGUUUAUUAUUUAUCUUAUUCACUGCAAAUUUCAUGUCUAAUUAUAUAUAUAAUUGUUAGUAAGAACUGCAUGUCCUUUUCUUGAGAACUGAGGCAGGCUGUUAAAUCUGAACAUGUUAUACUAAGUUCAACUUAAAACCCAAGUUCCCUUAGUCUAUGUGUACGUAAGAGGAAUGAGAUUAAGAUAGUAUGUACUUAGAAUGGUAUUAUAGGUAAUACUCUUUUGUUAUCCUUGUUAUAGAAACUGUUUUUCAAGAACUAAUAGGUUUUCACCUUCCAAUAAUAAUUAAGGUUUAUUAUUACAUAUUUCAUUCAUUGAGACAUAUUCUUGGGAAGACAUUCCUUUUUGAUGGUGAAUUGCUAAGGAAAAAUGCUUGUUAAAAAAUAAACUAGCCAGUUUCCUGUGAGGAUGAGAAAUAGCAGAGGAUUCGGUGCUUAAUGUGUAAUCACGAGCAAACAGUUAAAAUAUAUUUCUAAGCCUGGCAGUGGUGGCUCACGCCUUUAAUCUCAGCACUCAGAGGCAGAAGUGGGUGGAUCUCUGUGAGUUUGAGGCCAGCCUGGUUUACAUAAUGAGUCCCAAGACAACCAGGGCUGUUACAAAGAGAAACCCUGUCUUGAAAACAACAAAACAACUCUGCGUGCGUGCGUGCGUGCGUGCGUGCGUGCGUGUGUGUUUCUGUCACUUCAUCCUAGUAGUGGUGCACAAAGACCAACCUGGUCUAUAUAUAGAGUUCCAGGACAGCUAGAGUUACAAAAUGAAACCCUGUCUUGGAAAAAAAAAAAAAAGAAUAUAUAUAUAUAUAUUUCUGUCACUUCAUUUUUGUAUGAAUGGGUCUUCUGUUAAUAUUAUCACGAGGACAGAAAGUUACAUAUAUUCUUCCCACAACAAAAACAAAACAGAAAACUGAACACUUAAAUAACUAAUUGUAUGUUCUUGUUUUUUAGGUAGAAACUGGAACUAUUAAUAUUUUUGUGUAUUUAAAUAGUAGUUAUUUAAAAAUGGUGUCUGAAAUGAGUUUAAAAAUUCAUUUGUCGUCUAUAAACACAUGUGUUGUCACAACAUGUCAGUGCUGGCUAAAGGUGCUUAACAUCAAUUUUUGAAAACUAUGUUUACAUAUUUAAAUGUGUAAUUCUUUGUAAAUGUACCAGAUCUUAAAAACAAGUGUAUAAAUAAAUCAGUAUUUAUAUUUGGAAUUCUCUUAACAACUCCACAGCAAAAUUUGACAAACGUUCUUUGGUUCAUGUAUUUGCAGAAGUAGGGUGGACAUUUAAAAUAAGCAGUUAGAGAUUUCAUAAUCAAAAUUCAUAUUAAUAUAGUGAAUACAUAUGUUUACAAAUAAAUAUUCUUAGGGAAAAAAAAGGAAAAAAAGGAAAUUUCAUAAUCACUGGUUGGCUUGUUUUUUUUGUAGUUUUCAUGUUCCAAAUUUGCAAGUAAACUUUGUAUAUACAGCAGUAAAUUACAGAUAAAGAGCUACAACAGACUGCCCUCAGUAGCCAUUUUCUAUGUAAGCAGCUAAUGGACUUAAAAAGCUUUAACAUCUUAUGCAAAGUAAAUGUUUCCUGACCACCACAGGAGUGAUAGGAAGCAUAAGCUUUGGGGUCUGGUCCUUUGAAGUUUUUAACUCUGAGGCCUCCAGCAGUGCUUCAUCUUCUUUCUAUCUGUCAGACUAUGUACUUAAUCAUGUGGGUAUGAGGCAGUGUUUACUUUAUACCAGGUUUGUAAAGAGGUUUUAAAAUGUGUGUAUAUAUUGUAACUUAAUGUACAGUGUUCUUGUUAUAAUGUAAUUUUUUCCAUUAAAAAAUUCUGGUUUUUUCUUA